UAGCUCGGCACCGGACGCGGGAAGGUGGGCGCCAAGGCCGCGUCGGCGAUCGGCGAUAGGGGGCGGGCGAUCGGCAGGGCGGCGCCCAGCGAGUACACCCUCCCGGCCCGCCACCUGCGCCUCCGCGCUUCCCUUCCUGGUCCCUCCUUCUUCCUUCCCUACCUGGCCGCGGCCACGUCAGGGGCUCCUGCUGCUACUGCUGCCGCCGCCGCUUCUGCUGCCUCUCUCUCUCCCUCCCUCCCUCUUUCGCUCGAUCGCUCGAUCCCUGCUCUGGGAUCCCCCCCCCACCUACCUACCCCGCAGGAACCAUGAUCUCCUCCCGAGGGGGCGCCAUGCCACCGCCCCCCAACGCCACCGCCUACUACCCGCCGCCGCGCAUCACCCUGCCCUCCGGCUUGGAGAUCCUGCGCACCUACUCGGGGGCCUUCAUCUGCCUGGAGAUCCUGUUUGGAGCACUUGUCUGGAUUUUAGUAUCGGCCACCCACGUCCCUCUGCCGCUGCUGCAGGGCUGGGUGAUGUUUGUGUCGGUGACAGCUUGCUUCACCUCCAUCUCCUUCCUCUGCGUUUUCCUCUUCAGUUACAGAGAAAGAAUCGCAAUUGAUUGGAACCGUUUGGAUUUCAUUUACCACGCAGGUGUCUUUGUCUGCUAUUUUGGGACCUUUCUACUGCAAGCGGCAACCACCUCUUUGCAUGCUCACCCGGUGAAGUACACCGUCAAUUUUGACAGCAUCAGCAACAGCACUACCACUACCUAUGAGACGCUUCUAAAUGAACACGAAUACAACUUGAGCAUUGCAGCUGCCAUCUUUGCCUUUGCAACAACUGUGUGUUAUGGGUGCAGCACUACCCUGGCUCUACGAAGAUGGAAACUAUAGCACCAGAAGUGACAAGGCAGCUAAAGGGCAUCCCGUUUCGUUUGCGUCCUUGUUCAGAUGAUCAAAUGAUGUACUUACUUGUGGAGUUGCAAAGGGUGCUUGGAACACAUUUAUAUUUUUCUAAGAUGUUGACACACACAAACAUACACAAGAAGUCUAUGUCAUAAUUAUAUAUGCGUGUAUAUAUAAUAUAUAUAUAUAUAAUAUAUUUGGACAAGGGUGGGGGAAAACUUGCUUGUUUAUUUCUCCAGUUUUCAGUUGCUUAUGUUAACUGAUUUACUGGGAGCGUUAUCCUCUGCUACAGAUAGUAUUAUAAAAUUGAGUGAUGGAAUAGGGUUAUCGUCGGCAGACAACUGCGUACUUUUUUUUUUGGUGCUAAACAUCUGCUUGCAAGAGAUACAAACAUCUCUGCAGAUGGGCUGCAUCUCUCUCGCACGCACACAAACACAGGGAGGCAGCUAUGAAACGAUAACCCGCCGAGCUUCCGCCUGAAAGCUAACUGUGUUCGUAGGCCUGCCAACAUCAGCAGCUAAGCACAGCCUCCAUUUAUUUCAGUGCGGCUUCCUUUGGCAACCUGGCGCCCUCCUGACGUUGUUUGGGUCCAACUCCUAUCGGUUGUCAUUCCACAACACCUGUAGGUUGGCGAAAGGUGUAGUGGGGACUAUGCGGGACUAGGGUUGCCAACUCCCUGGGUUUGGCCCUGAAUUGGGUUUCGCAGUCAAUUCUCGGGAACCAUUGGGUAGUGUCAAAUUGCUGCCUUUGAAUCUUGAGUCUAGGGGGUUUUCAGUAGUAUUCCUUUAAAACAGUAUAAAAAUAGCUCACCGUUCUGAAAAGGUGUAAACUUUUCUAUCAAUGUUUCCCCAGAUUUCCAGUUUCUCCAGUGGAAAAACCUGGGAGGAAAUUUACCCAACCUCAUAUAUUUCCCCAUUUCCCUUCACAUCUGUAGUGCCGCUCCUCUGAGCCCCUUGUAGCUCUCUUUUUAAGAAUUGGCAGCUCCAUUCCAAGGCGUUGGGAUUCCAGAGAUCUGGCAACCCCAUGUGGGAUUUCCACGGAAGUCUCUUGCAAUCGUGUAACAAUUUCUCAGGAGCCAUGUUAGGUGGAUUCUCCUAAUGCUCUUUUGAACUGAUGUCUAUGCAGGCAGGGUAGUGGAGUUCUAAACCAGUAAAUGUAAUAUUUUUUUCAGAAAGUUGAUUUCCUUUUUCUUUUUUUACUUUAAAAAGAAAGUAAUUUAUGGAAGGGUGGGUGGGUGGGGGAGCCUUUUAAUAUUCAUUCAGUCCUUAUAUAAGGAUCUAGCUUUAGUUUUUAAACUGUACUUUUCACCUGUAAUCUUCGAAGCAUUUUAUAUAGAGAGAGAAAAUGCCCAAGAGGAAAGAUUUAGGUAAGUAGCAUACUCAAAGCUUUAACAUUAGCAGAGAAUGCAAGUGUAUUUUUUUUUUAAAGGCAAGCCAGGAAUAUUAAUUGGUUGGAUCUGAAAUCGUGACAAUUAGCUAAUUCAAUAACCAUAUAGAUCUCAAAAGUCGGGCUCUUUCUAUCUGGUAUUUUUGUUGGGCUGAUAAUAUAAAUAUUUUUUUUUACAGCUCUGAAUUUAAAUUGUAUAUCCAAAUUCCUUUUUGAAACGAGUUGUGUUUCUUCGAGGGAAAUAGUUAUAUUCAGUUUUAAAAUACAUACCUGUAUUGAUUAGCACUGUAGUUCAUAUGAUCCACUCACAAAACAAGUGUAUUGCUUCAACUCUCUGUGGGGUGUAUAAACUUGGAUUUUAUUUCUUACUUCUCCUGGUCCUGCGUGUCUUACUGCAACAAUUUGGAGUCCCUUUCCAACUUUUGCAGGAAAGUGCCAAUGUCUAAACUCAUAUUAUCUAAUUUAUAUUGCAGAUUCCCGCACUUAUCAGAAACGGCUUUAGAUUUUGAAAGCCAGUAACUUCUUGCAUUAACAAAUUUUGUUUUAGCAACAUGUAUUUAUAUUGCAAAGCAUUGUUCUCAGUGUGGGAAAAAAAAUGUAUAUUUGUGGUUAACUGUUGUGCAGAUUUCUCCCUUGAAUAUAAAUGUUUGCACUAUUUCA